UAGCUGUGCGCUGACAGCAACUGAAUACGACUGGGGCUCUAGUCGUAAUAACUGGCAAUUUACGGGCUAAGUGACUUUUUAUUGGCAAAGGUUGGAGUUCUUAUCAGUAAAGUAUGUUCAGAUGGCCGAUAAGCAGUUGACAGACGUGUAGGAGAACCUGUGCGCUGCAUUCAGUCAGUUGCUGGUGGAGUAAAAUCUCUGGGACAUGAUCUAAUCAGGAAUUGUUCACUGGAUGCUUUCAGUCUGCAAAACUGUCAAGACUUCAGAAAGCACACAGGGAAAUGGCGAUGGACAGCCGGAUGAUCCGAAAUGGCCUCCACUAAUGGCGUCAAGAAGGAAUUAAUACCACUCAUUCACACCGGUGACCCACGGCUUUGUCAAAACACAAUCAAGCAACAUAAUCAGACGAAAGGAAACAAACAAAUGAAAUUAAAGCAGCUUAAGGAAGCCGAGUCAAAGCUGGCACAGAUGCUGGCCUCUCUCCCCCUUUAAAGUUGAGUUUCGCGGUCUGCCUCAUCACCCUCUGCCAGCUUAUUGUUUAUCAGACUCUGUUUAAUGAGGCAUCAGAAGAAAACAACAACCAUGCAUUUUCUGCUAGCGUUUGUACUACAGGCCCUGUGGGUGAGUUGGUGUCACGCCACACAGCAUUACCUGGCCUCGUGGGGGCAUUAUGAUGUUUGUAAGUCUCAGGUACAUGCUGAGGAUCGCCUGGCCUGGCACUACAUGGCCUGCCAGCCUGAAGCCACUGAUAUGACCCAAUACCUGUCUAUGGUGUCUUUGGAUCCACCCAAUAUCACCUGCGGAGACCCACCUGAGAUGUACUGUGCAUUGGAAAACCCGUAUAUGUGUAAUAACGAAUGCGACGCUGAGACCGAAGAACUGGCCCAUCCUCCCAAACUCAUGUUCGACUCCGAAGGACGAAACCCCACAACAUUCUGGCAGUCCACUUCUUGGAAGAAAUACCCGAAGCCCCUUCAGGUCAACAUUACACUGUCCUGGAACAAAACUAUUGAACUCACUGAUGACAUUGUCCUUACGUUUGAAUCUGGACGACCUGAGCAGCUAGUCUUGGAGAAGUCGCUGGAUUAUGGUCGCACAUGGCAGCCAUAUCAGUUUUACGCCGCUGACUGUUUAGAUGCCUUUACUAUGGAGCCAAAAGCGGUUCAUCAGCUCACUACAAGCACCAUGCUCGAAAUCAUCUGCACUGAAGCCUAUUCAACAGGCUACGUGUGGAAGCAAGACAAGACUUUGCGAUUCGAGAUCAAGGACCGCUUCGCCCUUCUUGCGGGCCCCAGACUGCACAACAUGGCUUCUCUGUAUGGGCAGCUGGACACCACUAAGAACCUAAGGGAUUUCUUCACCCUCACUGACCUCCGCAUCAGACUCCUGCGGCCUGCAACCGGAGCCACCAUGGUGGAUGAGAACAACCUCUCCAGAUACUUCUACGCCAUCUCGGAUAUCAAAGUGCAGGGCAGGUGCAAGUGCAACCUCCAUGCCAACAGCUGUGUUUAUGACAAUGGGAAGCUGGGCUGCGAAUGCGAGCACAACACCACGGGGCCGGAUUGCGCUCGCUGUAAGAGGCACUACCAGGGCCGAGCCUGGAGUAUGGGCUCCUACCUGCCCAUCCCCAAGGGCACCGCCAAUAUCUGUAUCCCAAGCAAUUCUGGUAACUCUGGUCGGCCAAAUGCCUCUUCACUUGGAGCUGCAAACCGAAAUCAAGCUCGAGUGUGUGACAACGUGCUCCUGCGCUGUCAGAACGGCGGUGUGUGUCACCACCACCAGCGCUGCCAGUGUCCGGCAGGUUUCGGCGGGAUACUGUGUGAGAAGACCCAGUGCCAGGGUGACUCUUGUGAGGAUCUGCAAUCCAGCCAGCCGUCGCUGCGCUUCCCGCCCACAGCCCAGACUCUCCCGCUGGCUCUUCUAUCCCUCAUCCCCUCCCUGCUGGCCUCCCGGGGCCUUACAUCACUCUGAGGGUAACGUUUUCGCCCCAAAGACAUUCUCAACGGGGGCUCCAAUGUUAGAGGACACACGACGGCUGAAAAGAAACACUCUCUUGGUUUGUGGAAGGAAAAAAAAAUUAAAGGAAAGUUUUGUACUAUGAACUGUGUCAGAGAUGAUGGAUAAACUGCGAGAGGAAAUUUACAAAAAACAAGAACAUCAUAUAAAAAAGUGACACUAAUGAUUGUCUUUGUCUUUGUUGAAAAUGUUAGAAAGAAUCAAAUCAAUACACUGUUAUAUUCUCGCUCUGAAGCCAUCCGUCAGAUGAAAGUUUAUCUCAAUCCUCGGAGCGGUAAAACUCUGCAAUACUUUUUUUUUAUUAGGUGAGGAGAGAAUUGUCGAGAUGUACUCAUUGACUGCCACCUAAAUUUACGCACACACAGACAUAUUCAGAAUAACACGACUGGUUGUCAAACUUUUCACACUUUACCUUUUCCUGACCCUGAUUCUUCUGCUUCCUGUAACUCUGUGAAGUCAUCUGAAAGAUCCAUGAUGUAUGUCACACAAGAACGGAUCCAGUUCAUCAGUAUUGAUCAAAUAUACAGUACAGUAAUCUGUUCUACUUUUGUACUGUAUUUUCAAGAAAUGGAGCAAGAAGAAAGACCUUAAACAAUGUGACUUUUUGCAUCGCUGCAGCAACCUGUAGAAUUUGGGUGGGUGUUUUUAUUAUUGCCCUAAUGGAGUUGCAUAAUCCCUGUUCAGUUGCUAAUCGUUAUGCUUAAAACAUCCGUUUACAUUCUCACCGACUGAACUGUAUGAGAGGUUUCACCAAAGGGCUUUGGUGAAGAAUCCUUUGUUGCUUGAAGCCAGCUAUGUUUGUGAAUUAAAGAUCAA